CUAAUGUGGUUUCACAGUUGUUCGCCAUGCUUUGCCAUUAUUAUUUGUGCCCGCUUUUUCCCACGACGAGAUUUAAGCAAGGAUGGAGCAAAAUGACGGUAAGUCCACAAGUUCCCUUAUGUUUAUCUGAUUUAGUUCUUAAUGUUGUUUGUCCAUGGAGAACCAUAAAGGCAGAAAUUGUGUCAAAUUCUUCUUUUCAUGGUCGCUGCCCAUACGCAUUUGACUUUGUUGGCAUGGUGUUAGGAAACGGCCGUUAAAAAUCUGUGCACGUGCUGUCUAAUCAAGCAUCAAUGCAUUAUUUUUUUAGUGCCAGCACGUACAUGGAUGCAUGUUUUUUUUUCUCUGCUAAAAUAUUAAUACUUCGUCAUUCGUAAUCAAAAGUAAAACAUGGGAAUGUUAAUCUUUUACUAUUCAUGUCACAAUAUCAGCAGUGAUGACCAGGAAAAUUUUCCUUGUAUUUGAUUGUGGAAAUUGUAAUUCUUUUUUUGAAAAAUCUUCAUUCCUUAAGUACAAGGUUCACCAUCACCAGGGCUUUUAGUCCAGUAAGAUAAAAAGACUAUAGUAUGUAAGACCUUCAGCUAGAAUUCGAUAUUUUCUGUCGUUUUCGCGUUGUGCUGUAGGAACCACCUCUAAUUUUAUUCCUCGUGAUGCCAGCUGGCAAGCGUUAAUACCAAUCGACAGAUGGUAAACAUGCCAUGGUAUUUAAUGCUUGUCGGUAAAAAAACUUACAUGCAUCAAAACAAAACAAACGUAACAAAAAAAUUGCCUAGUACAAACAUUUCCUAGAUUGCGCACGUCGACUGCAUCCCUGACAAUAAAAAGUAAAAUAAAAGGGCAAAAAUGUUUAACUUGAAUUAUUGCAACACAGGCAAUUGAAUGGCAUCGAAAAACACUGUUUGCAACUACACUGUUGGCAGAUGCCCCUUAACUGUUGGUGUCACUUCUACCAAAUUUACCAAACUUGUAUUCGGGGGAAAGCGAAUUGUGCUUAAUAAUGUAAUUAUGCAGAGAAGGUAGACCAGCUACAGCACGAAGCCUGGAGUUGAUGGGCUAUUUAGAUGCACUUAUGCACUUUACCAAUAUUGUCAGCGUGAAGAAAAAGCGAUCUUUAAAUUAGAUUCCCCUUUCGAGCGCACGGUGUCAAAUACAACUAAAUAUUCUUUAAGAGACAUUAAAAACUUACAGAGAAUACAGCUAGCUAUAGACGCAGAACGACUAUUUCGCUUUUGUGUUAAAGUCUCUUGUUUCACAUCUCUCGAUUUCGUGCGUGUAGAAAUAGACUUAGAGUUGCAGGCUCAUGGCAAUCGACUUUUUGUUGUUUCUCUCCGUUCUCAUAUCACGUUCAACUAAAUGGAUGGAGUACGUGACCCGAUUGACAUUGAACCAAGACGUUGACUUUGAACGGCAAAAGUAGAGGGAAGUAAAUAAGCCUUUUAUGGGUGUUUGGAAGUUGACAUCCACUAUGGAAGGUAAUUACGUUGAAUGAAUCAUCGAUUUAAAUUUCCAUGCAAAAAGUACAGGUAGAACUUUCUGAUAUUUAAAACAAUCGCAUUAUUUUUUUAAAGUAUUAUUUAUGCAUGUUAAGCAAUGACGUUCGCAUGGUUGAGCGGUUUUUCUUGUUUCAGGAAGGUAAAAGGUUAAACGGGUCAUUAUUGACAAGUGUCUAUUUUCUUUUUACUAUUUUACGUUCAAAUCGAACGUCAGGCCCGAGAAAGAAGGCCCGCGUCUCCCGUGUCCCGUUUCUUACUCUAUUUCCGCUCUGUUCCUGUCAUGGCGGUCGUAAAAUCUGAUUAUGAAUUCUUUUGGUUGUCGCUUGCAAACAGCUUGCAUUCUAUAGCUUAACUUGGCGUUUAAAGUCUCCUUUUUUUUUUUAAAUGAAACUCGUGUUCCCUUUUUUUUCGAGAAAGAUUUCUCAUAUCCCACAUUGUUGCUUCGUCAUCGUGUUUAGGAGCAAAGUUGAAAUCAUUAUUUUGUCCUAAAAAAUACACUUACCCAAAGGUUUUUAAUGUUUUUAAACGGAAAAGAGACUUUCAAUAUGAAAUUUAGUGUUGGAGGAAAAACUGUCAAAUAAACUCGAAUGUCGGAAUUAUAAUUUUGUAAGAUGGGUCUUCUCUGGAAGAGGAUAAUAGUCGAAAGAUGUUUAGUGAAGCCAUACAUAACUUACCUUUUUUGAGUAAAAGUUACCAAAGCUCCAAGUCCUUGAAGGUCCUAUUCUUGUGGGAUUAUUUUUGAGAUUUCUUUCAGGCUGACCGAAUAUUGGCCUUCCUAAAUAUCGAUAAUGCUAAGAAAGAUCCUCAAGAAAAUCAAAGUGUUUUGCGUAUAUUGUUAUCGGGGUGUUCCCAGUAAUUAGCGAGGACACGGCCUUGGGCACCUGUGAGUCAUGUCUAACAGAAUCAUAUUUUGAUAAUAAGACACUUUAUAAAUCGAAACAGUCGAACCAUUCCAUCUGUUAGUUCCAUUCGGACUUGCUGUACUCUUAGACAAUGUUCUAUUUUGGUAUAUUUGUGUUCGUCGCGCUGGUCGUUAUCCGACUAGGCCGUUGCCAAGUGGCCCUUUCCGAUACGAACCAAGCAAGAACUAAGGCUACAGAAUGGUUAUUGAAAGAGUGGAUUGAACCGCUUCCGGGCGCUCCUACAAGACUAACUGGAGGCUGGGACGAUUCGAACACGAUCCGCGUUCUAACCGCACUGCAAUUAGUUGAUAAUGGCUGGCUUUUCAAUCCUGCUAAUAAGGAAAAAGCUGAGCUGGCUAUUAGGCACAUGAAUAGUGAAAUCCUCAACGGCCUCGUUAAGAGUGCAAACAUGACAUCACUGUCUUCUGAAGAGGGUGCUCAAUACAUCAACGGUUUGCUCGCCACCUGUCAGAACCCAGAGAAUUUUUACGGUCAUAAUUUAGUGACCAUGUUAACUCGCAGAAUUGAUAGCAUCCCUUCUGGAUCCGGUACCAAAAAUGUAGGACAAGUGAUUGCGGCAGUUUCCGCACUUUGCAAUGCUGGUGCACCUGUUCCACCAGCAGCCAUUCAACGUAUUAACAGCGAACUGAAACCUACCUCGGGAAGUUGUGCCUUCUGCGUAGAAGGUUCCAGUAUGGCCAUUUUGGCCAUGAAGUGUUUGAAGGAUAGGUCUGGCCCAGUCGACCCACUAGUCGCCGGGAUUAGUACUCGGCAAAUCGCGUACGUUAAGGGCAAGCAGGAAAAAGACGGUGGUUUUGAUGAUCUUAUCUCUACCAGUAUUGCCGUACAGGCAGCGAAUGCAGUAGGAACGGUUAAUCUCCCGAUUAACGUAGCAGCGGCCCUUAACUACAUUCUCCAGGAUCAAGAUAAGGAAACGGGAAGUUUUGGUAACCCAGUUUUUACGUCUAUAGUGUUGCCAACGCUGAUUGGCCGCUCAGGACUUGACGUUCGUACAGUCUCUUGCCCAGCUGCAAAAACUGCUGGCAAUCCCAUCCGCAGUAAUCAGAUAAGAAUGCUACUCUCCAUAGAGGACAAUAUCUACGCCCAGACGACUGUUGAAACCAAAGUAGACACUGCUCCUGGCCAAACCAUAUUACAGAUAAUGAACGAGCAAUCUGCCAAACACCCACGGGCAUUUAAGUUCGCGACGGAAGCAGCAAAUGGGGGAACACAACUGACCGGAUUGAACAGCGUAGUCAACGACAGUAAAAACAACUGGUCAUGGAGGGUGUUCCGGAUUCCUCCCGGGUCAAAUCAAGCUCCUCAGCCGGUUGCUACACUGGAUAACGGACUGGGAACUAACGUUCAAAAUGGAGAUAGAAUAAUUUUUCGUUUUGGGCGAGGAUAAAACUAAAAAUCUCGUUCAGAUGACGACUUCUUGUCAUCUGGGAAAUUUCGCGUUGUAUCUUCAUCUUUGGGAAUGGGUGAACAUUUUUUAGAAUUAUCGACAAAUUAAGUACUGAAAAAAAAAUCAAUUUUGAUAUAUGGAACCAAAUAAAUAAUCUCAAAGCAUA